GGAUGGGCCCUGAGGGGCUCUGGGGUGCUUGCGAGGUGAGCAUUUCCAAGGCUGUGUGCUCGUGGGGUGGGGGGACACACGAUGACCUUCUCCUCCUCAGGAAGACCUAAGAGGGAAGAGCAAACCCCAGCGAGAUCCCCCCUGUGCUGAUGAUUUUCAGGGACUUGUUGGCAACUCAGCGAGGGUUGCCAUAGCUUUUUUAUGUAGGGUGACCAGAACCGGCUGAAACUGGUUUGAGGCAGAUCAGCUCCUGAACACAAUGCAGUCACUGAGCUACUACAGUAGGAUAGCAGCUUCCUCCCUUCAUGGCAGCCAAAAGCAGAGGAGCUUGCAGGAAGGUACCAUCCCUACACAGUAUGUGAAUGCACACUUAGACACCACACAGCACUGGGUAUGUUCUGUCUUGUGCUUUUUCUUUUAGAAGCUACUAAAGGGUGUUGGGGAUGCUUCUGACUAUUAUGAAGGCCAAAAGGCCUGUUGACUGGGGCUGCUUUUAACCCUUUCCUAUUUGCUGAGAAUGCAGCCGUGUGACAGUAACUGAACAUUGGUCUAAAGUCUUUCCAAAAGGUCAAGGUUCACAAGGCUGGAGUUCAGUGGCGUGAUCUCGGCUCACUGCAACCUCUGUCUCCCAGGUUCAAGCGAUUCUCCUGCCUCAGCCUCCUGAGUAGCUGGGAUUACAGAGGUGGGGUCCUGCUGUGCUGCCCAGACUGGACUCAAACUAGCUGGACUUGAACUCCUCAGCUCAAGGGAUCCUCCUGCCUCGGCCUCCCAAGCAGCCAAGUAGCUGGCACUAUAGGCAUGCACCACCGCACCAGCUAUUAUGUUACCUCAUUUGAUACCGAAAUCAUGAGAGGAGCUGUACAUGUUUUUCCCUGUGGUACCAGUGGGGAAACAGAGACCCUCCCAGCUCAACAUCUGCUCAAAUUAAUGACCAUGGGGGAUAUGAAGACCCCAGACUUUGAUGACCUCCUGGCAGCAUUUGACAUCCCAGAUAUGGUCGAUCCUAAAGCAGCUAUUGAGUCUGGACACGAUGACCAUGAAAGCCACAUGAAGCAGAAUGCUCACGGGGAGGACGACUCCCACGCACCAUCAUCUUCUGACGUGGGUGUCAGCGUUAUCGUCAAGAAUGUUCGGAACAUUGACUCUUCCGAGGGCGGGGAGAAAGACGGCCACAACCCCACUGGCAAUGGCUUACAUAAUGGGUUUCUCACAGCAUCCUCCCUUGACAGUUACAGUAAAGAUGGAGCAAAGUCCUUGAAAGGAGAUGUGCCUGCCUCUGAGGUGACGCUGAAAGACUCGACAUUCAGCCAGUUUAGCCCGAUCUCCAGUGCUGAAGAGUUUGAUGACGACGAGAAGAUCGAGGUGGAUGACCCCCCUGACAAGGAGGACGUGCGAUCAAGCUUCAGGUCGAAUGUGUUGACGGGGUCGGCUCCCCAGCAGGACUACGAUAAGCUGAAGGCACUCGGAGGGGAAAACUCCAGCAAAACUGGACUCUCUACGUCAGGCAAUGUGGAGAAAAACAAAGUUGUUAAGAGAGAAACAGAAGCCAGUUCUAUAAACUUGAGUGUUUAUGAACCUUUUAAAGUCAGAAAAGCAGAGGAUAAAUUGAAGGAAAGCUCUGACAAGGUGCUGGAAAACAGAGUCCUAGAUGGGAAGCCGAGCUCCGAGAAGAAUGACACCAGCCUCCCCAGCGUUGCGCCAUCAAAGACAAAGUCGUCCUCCAAGCUCUCGUCCUGCAUCGCUGCCAUCGCGGCUCUCAGCGCUAAAAAGGCGGCUUCAGACUCCUGCAAAGAACCAGUGGCCAAUUCGAGGGAAUCCUCCCCAUUACCAAAAGAAGUAAAUGACAGUCCGAGAGCCGCUGACAAGUCUCCUGAAUCCCAGAAUCUCAUCGACGGGACCAAAAAACCAUCCCUGAAGCAACCGGAUAGUCCCAGAAGCAUCUCAAGUGAGAACAGCAGCAAAGGAUCCCCGUCCUCUCCCGCAGGGUCCACACCAGCAAUCCCCAAAGUCCGCAUAAAAACCAUUAAGACAUCUUCUGGGGAAAUCAAGAGAACAGUGACCAGGGUAUUGCCAGAAGUGGAUCUUGACUCUGGAAAGAAACCUUCCGAGCAGACAGCGUCCGUGAUGGCCUCUGUGACAUCCCUUCUGUCGUCUCCAGCAUCAGCCGCCGUCCUUUCCUCUCCACCCAGGGCGCCUCUCCAGUCUGCGGUCGUGACCAAUGCAGUUUCCCCUGCAGAGCUCACCCCCAAACAGGUCACAAUCAAGCCUGUGGCUACUGCUUUCCUCCCAGUGUCUGCUGUGAAGACGGCAGGAUCCCAAGUCAUUAAUUUGAAGCUCGCUAACAACACCACGGUGAAAGCCACGGUCAUAUCUGCUGCCUCUGUCCAGAGUGCCAGCAGCGCCAUCAUUAAAGCUGCCAACGCCAUCCAGCAGCAAACUGUCGUGGUGCCGGCAUCCAGCCUGGCCAAUGCCAAACUCGUGCCAAAGACUGUGCACCUUGCCAACCUUAACCUUUUGCCUCAGGGUGCCCAGGCCACCUCUGAACUCCGCCAAGUGCUAACCAAACCUCAGCAACAAAUAAAGCAGGCAAUAAUCAAUGCAGCAGCCUCGCAACCCCCCAAAAAGGUGUCUCGAGUCCAGGUGGUGUCGUCCUUGCAGAGUUCUGUGGUGGAAGCUUUCAACAAGGUGCUGAGCAGUGUCAAUCCAGUCCCUGUUUACAUCCCAAACCUCAGUCCUCCCGCCAAUGCAGGGAUCACGUUACCGACGCGUGGGUACAAGUGCUUGGAGUGUGGGGACUCCUUUGCACUUGAAAAGAGUCUGACCCAGCACUACGACAGACGGAGCGUGCGCAUCGAAGUAACGUGCAACCAUUGUACAAAGAACCUCGUUUUUUACAACAAAUGCAGCCUCCUUUCCCAUGCCCGUGGGCAUAAGGAGAAAGGGGUGGUAAUGCAAUGCUCCCACUUAAUUUUAAAGCCAGUCCCAGCAGAUCAAAUGAUAGUUUCUCCGUCAAGCAAUACUUCCACUUCAACUUCUACUCUUCAGAGCCCUGUGGGAGCUGGCACACACACUGUCACAAAAAUUCAGUCUGGCAUAACUGGGACAGUCAUAUCGGCUCCUUCAAGCACUCCCAUCACCCCAGCCAUGCCCCUAGAUGAAGACCCCUCCAAACUGUGUAGACAUAGUCUAAAAUGUUUGGAGUGUAAUGAAGUCUUCCAGGACGAGACAUCACUGGCUACACAUUUCCAGCAGGCUGCAGAUACGAGUGGACAAAAGACUUGCACUAUCUGCCAGAUGCUGCUUCCUAACCAGUGCAGUUAUGCAUCACACCAGAGAAUCCAUCAGCACAAAUCUCCCUACACCUGCCCUGAGUGUGGGGCCAUCUGCAGGUCGGUGCACUUCCAGACCCACGUCACCAAGAACUGUCUGCACUACACGAGGAGAGUUGGUUUUCGAUGUGUGCAUUGCAAUGUUGUGUACUCUGAUGUGGCUGCUCUGAAGUCUCACAUUCAAGGUUCUCACUGUGAAGUCUUCUACAAGUGUCCUAUUUGUCCAAUGGCGUUUAAGUCUGCCCCAAGCACACAUUCCCACGCCUACACACAGCAUCCUGGCAUCAAGAUAGGAGAACCAAAAAUAAUAUAUAAGUGUUCCAUGUGCGACACUGUGUUCACCCUGCAAACCUUGCUGUAUCGCCACUUUGACCAACACAUUGAAAACCAGAAGGUGUCUGUUUUCAAGUGUCCAGACUGUUCUCUUUUAUAUGCACAGAAGCAACUUAUGAUGGACCAUAUCAAGUCUAUGCAUGGAACAUUGAAAAGUAUUGAAGGGCCUCCAAACUUGGGUAUAAACUUGCCUUUGAGCAUUAAGCCUGCAACUCAAAAUUCAGCAAAUCAGAACAAAGAGGACACCAAAUCCAUGAAUGGGAAAGAGAAAUUGGAAAAGAAAUCUCCAUCUCCUGUGAAAAAAUCAAUGGAAACCAAGAAAGUGGCCAGUCCUGGGUGGACGUGUUGGGAGUGUGACUGCCUGUUCAUGCAGAGAGAUGUGUACAUAUCCCACGUGAGGAAGGAGCACGGGAAGCAAAUGAAGAAACACCCCUGCCGCCAGUGUGACAAGUCUUUCAGCUCGUCCCACAGCCUGUGCCGGCACAACCGGAUCAAGCACAAAGGCAUCAGGAAAGUGUACGCCUGCUCGCACUGCCCAGACUCCAGACGUACCUUUACCAAACGUUUGAUGCUGGAGAAGCACGUCCAGCUGAUGCAUGGCAUCAAGGACCCUGACCUGAAAGAAAUGACAGAUGCCACCAAUGAGGAGGAAACAGAAAUAAAAGAAGACACUAAGGUCCCCAGUCCCAAGCGGAAGUUGGAAGAACCAGUUCUGGAGUUCAGGCCUCCCCGAGGAGCAAUCACUCAACCACUGAAAAAGCUGAAAAUCAAUGUUUUUAAGGUUCACAAGUGUGCCGUGUGUGGCUUCACCACCGAAAACCUGCUGCAAUUCCACGAACACAUCCCUCAGCACAAAUCGGAUGGUUCUUCCUACCAGUGCCGGGAGUGUGGCCUCUGCUACACGUCUCACGUCUCUCUGUCCAGGCACCUCUUCAUCGUACACAAGUUAAAGGAACCUCAGCCAGUGUCCAAGCAAAAUGGGGCUGGGGAAGAUAACCAACAGGAGAACAAACCCAGCCACGAGGAUGAAUCCCCUGAUGGCGCUGUGUCAGACAGAAAGUGCAAAGUGUGCGCAAAAACUUUUGAAACUGAAGCUGCCUUAAAUACUCACAUGCGGACACACGGCAUGGCCUUCAUCAAAUCCAAAAGGAUGAGCUCAGCCGAGAAAUAGCCACAGAUGCUCCAUGAGGAAAAUCCCUGUCCACAUUGGAAUAAAAAAGACAGUUUUGUUACAAAAAGUUUGCAGUAUAAUAGAGUUAACAGUACUGUCUAGGCUGUUGCAAUAUAUUCUCUUUCAAUGUACCUUCCUUCACCUCGUCGUAUAUAUCCUCGAUAAGUAUUAAAACAGUAUUUGAGUUUAAAAGAGUUUGUAUAUAUUUAAAUGAAUAACUUUUUAUACUCUUUGUUACAUGUUUGUAUCAGUAUUUAGUGGAAAACCAUUUGAGUUGUUUUGGGUUAGAAUUUUUCUUUUUGUACUGUUUCUUUAAAACAGAGUUCUUAGUAACAGGGGCAGUUCCUGAAUUCAAAUAAACCAUUUUGUAUGUUUGGAUUUUGAAUGGGUUAACUACAGGCUAAAAUAAUGCCUUUUUUAGUGUUUUUAAUUUUUAGAAUUCACUACAUAAAUUGUAAGUAAUUGUGGGUCUCAAAAACACUAGGAACUUUUAAGUGUCUUAGCACUUCCUCGAUGUGCCUGCCCUGAGGGAGUGAGUUCACAUUCGAGACAACUGCACUCCAGUGUGGACGUGCCUUUGUCUUCAGGCCAUGCCGAAGGGUGUUUAAAGCGGUCUUGCAGGUCGCUCCUUUUCCAGCCGUGGAUAAAAACCGAAGCUAGGAAUCUAAUAAGGAAUGCUGAUUUCCUCAGUUCCAUUUUGAGGAAUGGGGAAGGCUAUUCUAAAGAAAAAAAUGGGAUUUGUUUUCUCGGCAGAUCUGCAAGGCUGGCUUUAAGAGCACAAGGAGGGAAAGUAACGAAAGGGCUGGACUACUAUAAAAGUUACAAAUAUGUAGUUAGACCAAUAGAUUUAUAUAGUCAGGUUUUUGUCAUGUAAUUUAUUAACUAUUACAGAAACACAACUAAGAAUAGCAAGUAUUUCUCUGGCUCUUGACAGAAAAAAAUCAGUUGACUUAACCCUUUGCUGUCAAAAGAGUUGGCGUUUCCUGUUCUGGGUGCUACUGCCAAACGUUCUGGUACUUAGAGUCGGGAUGCACAACUUCAACCACCGACUUAUCAAUGCAGCCGCCUGUGUAUUGCAAUUGGCCGUUACCUUAAGCACUGAGCCACCCGGGUUUAGUUCAGCCAUUUCAAGAAGUAUAUUUAACGUCGGUAGUUCUGCUUUAUUAAAAUGCAGCAGAGGUACUCUUCUGUCCCUUCCGUUUAUAGUUCUCUGAGAGAGUUCUAUUUUUUGGUUUUGUUUUGUGUUUUCUUUUGCAUUUUGUAUCUUGUAUUUAUCCCUGAACAUGUUUUGUACUUUUUUUUUUUUUUUUUUAAGAAAAGGAAUUCUUUUGUGUAUAUAUAGAUACUUGCAUGAUAUACUGUAGUCAACGUUCGGUUCCUCGAAAGGUCUUGCUGCUGUCAGGUGUUAUGCACUCCAUCCAUCAUAACUGUAUGAAACACAUUUCAUAUGUAAAUAAACGUGGGACAUUUGGCCCUUGUG